AUGGGUGCGACUGCCAGCGUUGAGGCUCCCAGUGCAGAUGACCUGAAGCGACUCUACGACAAGCAUGACAUCACUGGCUCCGGACACCUGGAGAAGCAGGAGGCUUUUGCGCUGCUUGAAGAUCUCAGGAUCAGGUAUGGCAUGGACGAAGAGCUUCCGGAGUCUUUCAAAGAAGCGGUCUUCCAGGACUUUGACAAGGACAACGCCGGUACCUGGAGCUGGCACGACGUGCGGGUGCUGAGCGGCGAGGGCUGGCCCGCCAUGCGACGCCGCUUGCAGCGCUUGCGCGUGCGAGGAGGCCAGCGGCACAACCGGGCUCAGCGGCAGAAGGAGCAGACGCUUGGCGAAAGUGCGGCAUCGGCUUGGUCAAAGGUGUCUGGUGCUGGAGCUGCAGUUGCGGCAUUGAAAGAGGUGGAGGCAGUUCGAGACUUGGAGGAAGAGGUCCAACUGGAUUUCCAUCCGCUUCGUAUCCAAAACAUCUCCAUUGGGCAGGAAGCAUGGACCUUUGCUCCUGCGAUCGACCUGCGUGUGAUCCGCGGCGACCCGCGCCGUGGGCGGGCAGCACCCAAUGAGGUCAACCAGGCGGUUUUCGAGGGGCCGUUUGUGGCACGAAUUGUGUCCGGUGCACCUCGUGGCACCACACAGGAUCCGACGUGGUCAGAGUCACUGCAAUUGUCCUUCAUGAAAGCGAAAGGGCUCUACAUCCACGUGGUUCUUUCGGACAACCGCUUCGGGGUGGGUCUGGGCCCACUGGCAGAGUUGGUCGUCAGCCUUGGGGAGGUGCUGGACAUGAUGCGUUCUCCCAGCGUGAGCCGCUUCACAAUGCAGCCCUUUUCGGUGGACCUGUCCAAGGUCAACAUCAGCCCGCCAGUUGUACUGGUUGCACAGUUCGGCGGACCACGGCCCAGCCUGCACUGCUGGUGCCACGUGAUCAGAGCCGAGGCUCUGCCGGAGGAGACAUUCGUGGUGGAGGCGUCUCUUAUCGCAAACCAGGGGCAAGGUUGUGUUCUGGUCCGGGGACGUUCAGAUCCUCAAAGCGGACCCGACCCGGUCUAUCACAACUCGGUAAAUUUGGACUGGGAUGAUGAAGGUGACAUGGCUUUCAACUGCCAGGUCAUUCGAACUGGCAUUGGUUUCAGCGAGGAAGUGUUUGCAGAGCUGAAGGAGAAGCUGCCACAGGCACUCGUGGCUCCGGUUGGCAGAUCGCAGCGGCUGGAGCUUCGAUGCUUAGAUGGAUCAGGUACGAACGCAGAGCUCAGCGUACACUUUGCCACGGUCAUGCCAGAGAUGUCUUUGAGCAUCACGGCGGCUUCGGCCACAUGCCUCGCGCCCAAGAGCGAGGCUUGGAGUUUCAAUCCAUUUGUGGAGGCCACUGUUCAGAGCCGGGAUCCACGGCUCGGUAGUGUUGGACGCAGUGCCAAGGUGACAGCGGCACAGACUGAGACUCUGACCAACUGCCACGCAGAUCCACACUGGACGCAGCCAAUGGUCCUCAAGCUCGUGCCGGAGCCUGGGCUCUUCUUGCGCAUCGUGGUUUGCUCGGAGGCGCUUGGUGUGACGAGGGCCUGGGACGAGCUCGCCGAGCUCGUCAUGGAGCUGCCGGAGGCAUUGAAACUUGCACAAGGCUCGGUGGAGCGCAAGUUUACGCUGACGAGGCUGAUUGACAUGAAGCGCCACGGGGAGUCUGAAAUCUUCCUAAGUUUUGCGCAGGUUGGCGGCAACGUUUCCGCGUCAGCGUUUGAGGCCGGGCACGAUUUGCCCUUGCUGGAAGGAGGUGUUCGCCAACCCCAAGUGCAGGUUUCAAUUGACGGCAGCCCCAUCGGGGCAAAGUCAAGACACCCGACACUGCAGCGUCCAAUCGCUGCUGGUUACUCUCUACCACCGCAGCCCUCUGUGCAAGGAAUGCAGCACUUGGGGCAGGUUCUUCAAGCACAUAGCCAGGAGGUGCCAGACAUCAUCGCGCAGCGAUAUGGGCCGCCACAGCAGCCAAGGUUCCAAGACCUUCCUCCACCUCCAGCACCGCGACAAAUCUCAUCGCCAUCGCCGGAGGAGCUCACACAAGCUUUGCAGCAAGCUCCACAAGGCGCCAUCGUUAAAGGGAACGUGCCACUCAGCUUCUUCAACACUCCUAAUCCUCAUCUUGCCUGGAUUGCUCGUCGGUGA